AUGGAACGCGAUAUAAGUGAAGCCCUCAGUCAGGUUUUGCACGAGAGCGGUUAUGAUGUCAGGUCGGGGAUAGGAUCGUUGACGACAGCACAACUGUGCAGGUCAAAAACCCUGGAGCUAGACGUACUGGGGAGCAAAUGGAGGUGUUUUACAGUCGAACCACACAUCUUCUCUCCCAACCAAACUCCGAUGAUGAAGAUUUUGCAACCCUAUCCGACUCGGAACUCACAGAACGCUGUAGAGUCGACUCCAUUGCGUGGUACAGCUGGUGCUAGUGAUGAUGAAGGUCGUAAGCACAUGGUGCUCAAAUACAGGAGAAGACGAGGUGGACAAUGGAGACAAGUACAACGGAGUGAUAGUCCUGUGCGCAAAGGAGACGAAGACGAGCUGGAGGUUGAUGUCACCGAGGAAUGCUCAGAAACGACAGGUAUCGUUACUAAGACUUACGAGGCUCGCUGGAAAGUUUUGAAAUAUGAACAUCUACCGGAAUGGUUGCAGGAUAACGAGUUUUUACGUCAUGGUCAUCGCCCUCCACUCCCUUCUUUUGCUGAGUGCUUCAAAAGUAUUUGGUCGCUCCAUACUGAAACAGGGAACAUAUGGACCCACCUCAUUGGUAUUUUUUACUUGAAUUGUUGUUUGGCAUUCUUCUGUCUCGGAGUGUGGUUUCUCACUCGUCCUGAUAACCAUAUCCAGUGGCAGGAGAAGAUCGUGUUUUCCUUCUUCUUCGGUGGUGCCGUUCUCUGCUUAGGUCUUUCCUUCGCUUUUCACACUUUGUGCUGUCACUCAAUUAAUGUCGGCCGUAUUUUCUGCAAACUUGAUUAUAUGGGCAUAUCCCUUCUGAUAGUUGGAUCAUUUAUUCCUUGGAUUUAUUAUGGAUUCUAUUGCCGGAUGGAGCCGAAGAUUACCUAUAUUGGUAUGGUGUCUGUCUUAGGCGUUGCAGCUAUAAUCGUUUCGCUUUGGGAUAAGUUCAGUGAAUCUCGUUUUCGACCUCUGCGAGCUGGCGUAUUCGUUGCGAUGGGAUGCAGUGGAAUCCUUCCAACUGUUCACUAUAUAAUUACUGAUGGCGUACGCUCUUUGUUCGAAGACAAUGCAUUUCACUGGCUUCUCCUCAUGGCAUUCCUUUACCUUCUUGGUGCUCUCCUUUACGCGACUCGUACUCCAGAGCGGUUUUUCCCUGGAAAGUGCGAUAUUUGGUUUCAAUCUCAUCAGCUGUUCCACACAUGUGUUGUGAUAGCCGCAUUCGUUCAUUACUAUGGCAUAUCAGAAAUGGCUUGGAUGAGACUGAACGGGCAAUGUCCAGUCGAUGCCCUUUCUUUUCUGUCUCGAACAGAAUUGUAA